CAAUACGGAGGACUCGGCUUGGCGAGUUCUGUUUUUCUACGUUACGUUCUUGUUUAGAAGAAAGGACCCACCCUUUCCUUGGGCCCUGCAUGGCAGAUGAAAGAAGGAAUCUUUACACAUCUAAUCAGCGAACCUCGAAUCUUUCUGCUUUGGCCGUUCUCAAACCCAUCUGUGGUUAUCUACUUCGAUAAUUGUUCUUUCCCCUUGACCGGUGUCUUGUGCAUUUUGAUCAUAUGGAGAUGCUUUUCAACUCAAAGGAUACACUAUCGGCGCAAUUACACCCCCAAUUCGCCCCAUUCCAUUUCCUCGUUUUCUGAGCCUUUAUCUAUCGCGGUACCCCUGCUGCUGCCUCCCCUUCACAUUUUCUUCUCUUCUCUUCUUCAACCAACCCCCCCUCUCUUCCAACGAUUGAAAGGAAACAUACACAUACAAAUACACAUCAUUUCAAAGAAGCAAAUGAGUCGAAAUAGAACUAGACAGAAAAUGAAUGACGCUUGAUAUAUGGGUACCCGCCUGGGCGAUUCUAACGAACGCAUGCUCGAUCCGAAAUACUUGUUUUGGUUUUCUGUCUGGGGAUGUUCAGGGCU